CAUUCACUAAGUAUGUGUUCUACACAACAGCAUAUAUUCCUAGCAGGGAGCGAAAUACUUCUUUUGCAAUCCAUUAAAACGGGAAAACACUGAUGAUAAUACAUACACUAAUGUGUUGAAACUGAAGGUCACCGAGAGUAUUAUUAUGAUAGUAUUCUUUCAACCUUCAGAGAAGCAGGAGCAAUAUUCCUGCAAUUCAAGCCGAAAAGACCGAUCCGGGACAAAAGUCCACAUGAUCAGCUGGAAACUCUAACACAAUGGCUACAGACUACGAAACAUUUGCCUACGUGGGAAAGGCAAAGAAGAAGAAGAAAAAGAAGGAUGAGAGUCUGGAAGAAAAGAAGGAAGAGGAGGAGGACGAGGAGGAUGACGAGCUGGCAGCAGAACGAAAGAGGAGGGAGGAGUCGUUGAAAAGAAUAGACAUGAUGAACGAACUCAAGAAGCAGAAGAAAUUAGAGAAGAAAAGACAGAAGGAAGAAGCAGCGAGACGAAGGGAGGAGGAGGCCAAGAAACGAGAGGAAGAAGAAAAGCAGCAGGAGAGAGAAAGAAAGGAAAGGGAAGCCGCGGAGAAGGCGGAGUUAGAAAGGCAGAAACGGGAGGCUGAAUCGAAAAGGGUUGAGGAAGAAAGGUUAAAAUCUCAACCAGGAAGUCAAACUGAUUCAAGAGGAAGAGGGAGAGGUGGAGUUAGAGGAAGAGGCCGUGGGAGGGGAAGAGGCAGAGGGAGAGGAAGGCCUCCUCCACCGGUUAGGAAACCACCAACGCAAGGAGGAAGAGGCAAUCGAAAGGUUGGAGUCGUUGCUAAGCAACCAGCAAUGGAGGCCAUACAAGAGGAGCUGGAGAGUGCGAGGAAUUCUCGUCAAGCUUGGAGCAGAGUGUCUGACAAGAAAUCAACAUCGAACGAUCAGAAAGGUGAAAAGGAGAACGAUGUGACUAAAGGCGAGGUGGUAAAGCCAGCCGAUCCAUCCGAUGAAAAGGUCGGAGAUAAAGAUCGCAAAUCGGCCACACCGGACAGAAAGUCUCCCUCUUCUCAGAAGAGCACGAAAUUUACCAAGGUUGGGGGUUUCAUGUCGAGAGUGUUUAAAGGAAAAAAUAAAAGCAAGGAAGAUCAAAAACCUGAAAGCCCUGCGGAAGAUGCGACCAAUAAGCAGACAGAAGAUGAUAAAAGUGAAGUAAAAAGAGAAUCGCCAUCAAAUGAUGUUACUAAGGGCGUAGGGAACGAUGCAAAACCCAAUGAAAAGGAGCCUGGGGAAGAGAAGAGCGAUUCAACUAAAGGUUUGAAUGCAGAAAGGACGGAUGAAACGAAGAGUGAUGAAGUUAAAGAAAGUAUUCAAAGUCAAAAUGAUGAAACAUCUCAAACGGAAAAUACGGAAAUCAAUGUGCAGGAGAAAGGCACCGAAGGAACAAGUCCAAACAAAAUAGAAUCAGAUGAAAAUAAGGAGAUAAGUUUAAAUGAAAAAGAAGAAGAUGAAAAGCAAACAUUAGACAAAACCCCUUUGCCUCAGGGCACCACUGACGAUAACCAGGUGACAAAGAUAUCGAAGACAAUGGAAAUAGGUGUCCAAACUGAGAAUGAGACAGCAACAGGAGAGAUUGACCAGUCAGAGACAGCUAAGGAUGAAAACACAGAUGAGAUCGAAACACAAGAAAUACCACCAGAAGUACAGUCAUAUGCGACGCAUUCUUCAUUAGCUCGGCCAAGCCCCGACGAUAACGCAGACGAGAGCAACGUUCGCUUGAUUUACAGCAAAGAACCUGAUGAUGAUCCAGAUGAUAUUGAGAGACCGGCUAACCCGGAGCCAGGAGGUAAAAAGAUACCCAAACUUGAUCCAAGACCAGGAAAUCCUUCACCACCUACCAAGGAUCCUGAACUACCAGUACUCGGAAUUGACGACGAAUUCCAUGUGGCAACGAGUAAACGCCGUAUUGGUCCGGACUACCUGGAACUCCAGCUACUUGCAAAUAGAGACAUAAUCCUUGAGGCGAGGAAGAUUAGAAAACUGCGGAAAUCGGGUACGACUGCUUUGUUAGAGAUGGUAUAUGAAGGUACGAAGGAAAAACCGGUAGAUUUGUUCAAGCAGCCAAAGCGCCAUGCUGACUUUGAAAGGCUGCUGAAAUUUUUAAAGAAAGAGAAUGCAAAGAAUGGUGAUCAAGAAGAGGAUGAUGCAUCAGAAAGUGGUGAUGUUAGGUCAGAAGAUGGUCACUUGACCCCUGCUUCGGAAGAUGGAACAAAGAGAGAAGCAGGACAAGACCUUCCAAGAGCUUCUAAAUCGCCUGCGGUCCAUUCCAAAUUGACUGACCCAGGCGAAGGCGAGAAAGGACACGACAGUCGGAUUGAUUUAGAAUAUGAAACAUAUUACGCCUCUCCGAGGGAUUCCUUUAGACCAGCCAAUCCUGGACCUAGUGGAGACGAUAAAGCCAUUGAUGGAUCUGGCCCUAAUAGUGGUGAAAUAAGUACAACUCUUGGAGUGGUGGAAGAUGGUUCGGCCGGGGAAAUAACGCACCCUCUUCCAUUAAUAGUUAGUGAAAAUGAACAACUCAUCGAGGUAAGAGAACAGCGACUGGACAAUCAUGAUGAAGAAGGGAUUACUAAACAAAGACAAACUAUAUCAUCAACGAGCGGGAAUGCAAGAGACGAAACCCAAGAGUUCACAUCCAAUAUAAAUCAACAAGAUUUAACUUCAAAUGAAGCAGACAACACCAAGUCAGAAUAUGUAUCCACUGUUAAUCAUGAUAAAUCUGACAAUCGAUACUUGCCACUUGAAUCAGACGUUAAUCCUGUCAACAACUCAUCGUCAGGUACAGGGAACAAAGAUUUACCGGUAACAGACGGAGUCGGACCAAAGGGAGCUUCUCGAAACGGCAGCAUGCUCGGAGGCCAUGCAACACCACUAUCCCCUUCAAGGAAAGAGCGCACAUCUACAGCUAUGACACAGACAAACACAGGAGAGAUGAUUGAUGUAAAGUUAGAGGAGACUAAAGUCGGAUCAACUAGUCGGGUAUCUUAUCGGUUGUCUGCUAAAUCAAACCGAGGAUCCCCUACAGGUCGGAUAUCCAACCAAACUCAUAAAAGCGGGUCACCAAAUAGGUUGAUUCCCACCCCCAACAAUGGAGGACGUUAUUCUGCUUCUUCCCAAAAGAGUAACAAGUCGGGGAGGCUGUCGGUAGCAUCCACAAGUAGCAGAAAAUCAGGGCGACUUUCUAAAACAUCAAACAAAAGAGAACCGAACUCCAAAAACAACUCUCCACUACCCGGAAAGAAUGCUCCGAACGAAGAAAAUGCAUCGGAUUCAAAUACUACUGGUAUACAAGACUCUAAUAACCAUGUCCCGACUGCCGAUACAAAUGGUACAACCGAUCCGGUGGCGCCGUCUAAUGACCAUGAACAAGCAUCUGCUGAUAAACCAACGACUUCUAAUUCCCAAACGGGUGCCACAUCUCAAAAUGAGUCGGUGACUGAUCAAAAUUCAAAGAGUCAAGAUGAUUCAAAAGCAAAGCCCAAAAAGAAAUUCAAACACUGGUUAUUUUGAUUAUCAUCUCAUAAUAAGGUUGCAUUUUAAAAACAGAGAUUAUAAAGGAAAUAUUCCACAGCAGCUCAUAGCUACUUCAUAGCUAGAUUUGGCAGGAGUUCAGACCUAUGGUUUAGACUCGAUGAGUAUCUUCUGCGAGAGCAGUUUGGAAACACAUUUUGUGACUUUUUACUAUACCUUACAAUGUGGUUUUCAUACGACUUCGAUAAACUGACUGUAAGUUGCCCUAAAAAUUCCUCCUUCUUCCCACAGGCGACCCGUGCCUGCAUUGAAUGACCGAAUACUAUAAAGGCAAUGCUACUUUUCCUAAUCAAACUUCAUUAACUCCAGUCCUUCCAUUACAUAGACUUCUUGAAAAGUCAAGUCCACCCUGAGAAAGAGUUGUUUCAAAUAAAAAGAAUAAAAAUUCGACCAAGCAUAAUGCUGAAAAUUUACCCAAAGUCGGAUUUAUAAAAAAAUAAAGUUAUGACAUUUUUAAAUUUCUCUUUAUUUUCACAAAAUAUUUAAAUGCACAACAUGGGUGAUUUGCAAAUGAGAGAUCCGAUGUCACAAACUCCCUAUUUUUCUAGUAUUUUUUUACGUGGAUUAUAGAAAAUUUCACUUUUUGCAGAACUGACAAUAAGUAAGCUUCCUGUUGAAUCACCAUAGCUUACAAUGGCAAUGCCACAGUAAGGAAUAAAACCUUGUUUUAUAGUUUAAGGAAACAGUUGCUAUAUUACAUAUACUGUAUGUCUAUAACUGCUUUGUGGAAUUGUGAGAACCUUUUAAAGUAUCAUAACUUUCCCAUUUUAAAUUUGAUUUUGAUGAAAUUUUCGGUUAUGCUUGCACUUUUUAUCAAAAUCAUCUUGUUCCUGGGGUGACGACUUGACUUGUCACUAUCCAUCUGCUUAAAGACAAUCCUAUAUUGGACAAUCUAAGAAGUAGUUUAACUCUUGUGGACAUUAACCAAUAAAUAAUAUUAUUUUCUAUUGAAA